AUGUGGGGCGGGGCACAUGUGACACUGGCAAUGGAGGCACAUGUGACACUGGCAAUGGAGGCACAUGUGACACUGGCAAUGGAGGCACAUGUGACACUGGCAAUGGAGGCACAUGUGACACUGGCAAUGGAGGCACAUGUGACACUGGCAAUGGAGGCACAUGUGACACUGGCAAUGGAGGCACAUGUGACACUGGCAAUGGAGGCACAUGUGACACUGGCAAUGGAGGCACAUGUGACACUGGCAAUGGAGGCACAUGUGACACUGGCAAUGGAGGCACAUGUGACACUGGCAAUGGAGGCACAUGUGACACUGGCAAUGGAGGCACAUGUGACACUGGCAAUGGAGGCACAUGUGACACUGGCAAUGGAGGCACAUGUGACACUGGCAAUGGAGGCACAUGUGACACUGGCAAUGGAGGCACAUGUGACACUGGCAAUGGAGGCACAUGUGACACUGGCAAUGGAGGCACAUGUGACACUGGCAAUGGAGGCACAUGUGACACUGGCAAUGGAGGCACAUGUGACACUGGCAAUGGAGGCACAUGUGACACUGGCAAUGGAGGCACAUGUGACACUGGCAAUGGAGGCACAUGUGACACUGGCAAUGGAGGCACAUGUGACACUGGCAAUGGAGGCACAUGUGACACUGGCAAUGGAGGCACAUGUGACACUGGCAAUGGAGGCGUGA